AUGGAAGACCCCUCAGAGCCAUCCGCUCUGGAAGAGCAGUCCAACAUUCCAAAGAAGAUCACGAAAGUCUUAAAUAUGAAGGAGAAUCAACUCGCACUUGAUAACAUGCCCAUCGAGGUGAUCUCCCACAUGCUAUCUUUCCUCCCCAACAAAGCCUCCAUUCGAGCCGCUAUGCUGUCAUGCUCAAAGCUAUACAACGCCUACAAGAAUAGUCAGGCCUACAUCGCAUCAUGCAUCCUCUUCAACACCAUGGACGAGAGCGUCUAUCGGGAAGUAAUCACCACAUUCAACCUGAAGAAAAAGGCGUGGAUGGGCGCCAAAGCAGGCGUAAAAGCCGUCUACCGUGUGUACUCAAGCGAAGAACGAGAUGCUAUUCAUAACCAGUAUCUCACCUUCGACCAAGUCAAGGAAAUGUGGCGUCUUCACAAGAGCAUCGAGUAUUUCGCCCAUCGCAUUCCAACUUCUCUCAUGCGUAACCAUCCUGUUGUCAAGACCAAAGGUGCUUUUUCUAUCACCCCUUCUGUUCGCGCCCGCUUCCAGCGCGCCCUGUACCGCUUGGAUGCGUUUGUGAAGCUCCUGCAGACCAUGAUUGCUACGUUUUGUCACGACAACGAUGGCGAGAAUCGAGAGGUUGUGGAUAGUGAGCUGAAGGAGGCACACUGGAUUCACUGCCUGAAGGAGCUUGAAGAGCAUCGAAUCAUCAAAGCUUUUCACUGCCAAUACUCUGCUGUCGAAAUCGAGCAGAUGAGCAGUAUCUGUGGACUUUUGAUCACGGAGAUCGCACCUACUUUCAAUACCUUUAUCGAGCAUGAUAUCGUGCUGGGCGCGCAACUGCCUUACUACAUCAGCCAUCCCAUGUGCCCAGGAAGCAUGAGUCUCGUAGCCCAAGGCAUCCCGUUCCUGUACGACUUCAUGACUGCGGGUUCUCGAAGCCUCCGAGCGAAGUUGAUGGACACAAUCAAACCGCCCAUCGACUGGAAUCCGCGCCUUCCAACCAGACCCCCCUUUCCUGGCACUGACGAGCAACUCUCUUGCGUGAUCCAUGAUAAAGAAGGCGAACCCGGAAAAUGGGCAAACAUGUCUGUCCCGGACUUUAUCAUUCGAACACCCUUCAUCAAGGAUCCUGACCGUGGCCCUGAGAGUGCUUGGGCGGUUUUGAGUCAUUACAGUCUCUUCCUGAGCCCCCAAGACCCCAAUGCCGUAAAUGAGUUCGUCCCACCCCAAGCUCUGACCUGGGGCUAUGUCUUCUGGGACCUCGAGAUGCUCGAAAAGGCUGGCUUCAACGGCAUCAAGGAAGAAGACCGACUUGCCAACGAAUUCGUACUUCCUGAAGAUCAUCCCAUCAAUUUACCAUGGCAACCCCUGGCCAAGUAUCAGACCAAUGAGGCUUCUAACAGCUUGCUUCUUUCUUGUCAGUGCAAGAACACAAUGAUGGAUCAUGGAGCCUCGGGAUACUUUGACUACGAAAGAUUCAAAGCUGAUGAAGGGGUUGAAGCAACUCUGGAAAGCGAUAUGGAUGUCCCAACUCAGAUCUUGCUUGGUGCAAUCGGCGGCGUGCCUACUCCAGAGGAGAUGGCCGAGCUCCUACUAGAGUUCAACUUGAUCGGCCCUAAUGCGCAGCAGUGA